AUGGGGGUGGACUGCAUUCUCUGCUGCACUGUCCUCAUUUCCAGAUACCCUCUGGAGAUGACUUGCGAGCUUUUGCGGCGCUUGAUAGUCUCCGCCCUUGAGCUCUACAGCUAUACCAUUCGUGGGGGCGUGUAUGGCUUUCUGACCCCCAUCUGCAGCGGGUGGGGGAAGGCCCCAGCAGAGGAGUUGCUGCUUGAGGCGGGGCGGGGGCAGUUGUCUGGGGCCCUGGAUGCGCUCCUGGGGGAAAAGGAGGCGCAGGGUCAGGGGGAGGGGGUUGUGAGAGAGGUGGAGGAGGGGGAUGAGAUCUGA